AUGUACAUAUUAAAUCAUCGUUACUCACGACGUUCUACAAUUUCUGCGGGCGACGAAUCAUGCUAUGCUACUGGCGAUGAACGUUUGACCGCGCGAUGGAGCAACAAGAUGGAUGGAGUAGUGGAAAGCCAGUUGCAAUUGAGAACUCGACUGAAAGUUCCCGGGCUGCAGAACGCGACCGGGUCCGGAUCGAGUUCUAUGCUACUUAUGACGUCAUGA